AUGAUCCAACAUCCGGACAAGAAUUACAUCGACCCUAUCAAGGUAGAAAUACACGAUCAGCAAGCAUAUUGUUUUCAUGUCGAUGGGGAAUUGGAUGGCCAGCCAUGGUACUAUGACAUUAAGAAGUUUCUCGAGACGAGAGAAUAUCCGGAAAAUGCAACUAACAAACAGAAGCUGACCUUGAGGAGAAUGGCAAAUCACUUCUUCCUUAACGGAGAAAUCCUAUAUAGGAGGACUUCAGAUCUGGGAUUGCUAAGAUGUGUGGAUGUCACAGAGGCGACGAGGUUGUUAGAAGAAGUACACGCAGGGACAUGUGGACCCCACAUGAACGGAUUCACUUUGGCAAAGAAGAUUUAG